AUGGCAUUGAAAAGAAAGCGUUGUUCUCAAGACACUAAAGUGUAUGAUUCCUAUCUUCGUACACCUCCGACAUCCAGCACCAAUGUGGCUGAGAACCAUUCUCCUGUUGGUGUUGGAGAGGAGAUUGAGAUACAAGUGAGAAAGAAGAGGAGGUGGGAGAGUUUUCAGAAGCCGCUCUCCCUUUACACUGAGGAUGACAACCAGUGGAUGUCUUCUGGCCAAAAGAGAAAACGAAGUUGUCACAGCUCUCAUGUGAACGAUUUCCAUCCUCAAACACCUCCGACAUCCAUCAGCAGCCUUCAGUCCACUGAUGUUGCUGAGGAAAAUGAGAGAAAGAGGAGGAGGACUGACAGUGCUGAGAAGCUGCUCUCUUGUAAAGUCCAGACGUCCAGCAGCAGCUCUAGUCAGGAGGACCAGACUUCUGUUCAGAUCCACAAGAAGAGUUCUGAAGGUGACAUUCUGGACCGGUACGAACUCGGCGAGGAGAUUGGAGAGGGAGGAUUUGGCAGCGUCUAUGAAGGGAAGCGCUUGGAGGAUGGCCUUGAGGUGGCUGUAAAAAUUGCCAGAAAGCCAUCGAACAUGAAAUACAUCUACAUCGCUGGUCAUCCUGAGCCCCUUCCUUUAGAGAUCGGCCUGUUGAUACUGGCUCAUAGAGGCGGCAAGGUUCCAGAGAUCAUUGAGCUGCUGGACUGGCAGGACCAGCAGGAUUGUUACAUCAUGAUCCUGGAACGACCUUCACCAUGUGUAGAUCUGUUCGACUUCACAAUGUCUCUGGGCUCCAUCAGUGAGCGCCAGGCUCAAGGGAUCAUGGCGCAGGCAACGAUGGCCGGUCUCAUGUGCUGCAGACGUGGGGUUUUUCACCGCGACAUAAAGCUGGAGAACCUGCUAGUCAACACGGACACGCUUGAGGUCAAGCUAAUUGACUUUGGCUGUGGGGUUCUUCUCCAAGAAUUUGGCUAUGACAGUUUCUGUGGCACAAAGGAGUACUUCCCACCGGAGUACUUCCUGAGCAACGAAUACCACGCAGAACCAUCCACUGUAUGGUCUUUGGGAGUUCUGUUGUUCCUGCUGCUGUGUCAACGAUUUCCUGAAGCCACGGACAUGCAAAAGAUCAAUGAUGGAAACUGGACUGAGCCUGGAUUGUCAGAAGAAUGCUGUCAUUUGAUUCAAGCUCUCCUGGAGGAAAACCCAAGCCAGCGGAUUCCUCUGGAAGAAAUCCUCCUCCAUCAAUGGUUUGAGGUACUGAACUGUCAAGGAAUAAGAAAUAAGCAGCGUGGUGCAAAUGAUUGGGAAAGAUUAUUUGCACUACUGAGCACCACAGUUCCUGACGCAAAAAAGGACACAGCAGCAACAAAGAAUCCAGAAAACAAGGUCAUAGCCGCAACAGAAGAACUUAAAAAAAGGACACAGCAACAACAGAGGAUCCUGAAAAAGGUCCAGGCUCAAGAAAAGAUCCUGGAAAAAGGCACAGCUGAAAGAGAGGAUCCUACAAAAGGCACAGAUGAUCCUGAGAAAAGGCCAACAAACUUCUACAACUGCAACCUGAGCCCUGCUCUCCCCGAGACUUCAGCCACUGCAAUGAAGCCAAACUCUCACCGCUCUCUUAGCGGUCCACCUGUGAAAUUCUGGUCAUUGGCUCCAGAAGUGGAUCCCAACCCAACGCCUGUCCCUCCCUUUCCAGAACACACUAUAGCAGAUCUAAUCUUGCUUGAUGAGGAAAGAAAGGGUUUCCUCAUCCUGCAAAAACACCUCAAAGUCCUCCGCCUCUCAGGAUUCCUUCCUGAACCAUUUUCCAGCCAUUCAUUCAGAACUGGCAUGCCACCACAGCAGCCAUUAACAGGCUUUCCCAGCAUCAGAGCCAGACCCUCGGUCCCAUCUCGGCCACAAUUUUAUACUCUAGCCAAAGCCAUCUAUCUGUCCACUCCUAGCAACCCCCUCUAUGGCUCAGACUCCCGCAGGAGUAAAUAUGAGCUUCAGCUCUUGCAGAGCCUCACCUAUCAACCUCACCUUUCUGUUCCCCCUGCCAGCAUUGAGUGCUUCCACUGUUCCCUCCUAGCUCUUUACCCUUUGCCUUUGACUCUCAUGUAA